AAAGGGAGAUCGAUCGAACAGCUGAGCUAAAACCUCAGUCUAGGGUUUAAGUGGGGGCGCUUUCUUCAUUCCUUCCCGCCGCUGCGUCCCCGCCCUCCCGGAGCUUCCAUCCACCACUUGAAGAUGGCUCUCAGGACCAUGAUCGCAAGGCGAUUCCUCUCGACUUCGGCCUUCUCCUCUCAGUUCGGGGCCGCCGCUUCUAAUCUAACCGCUGCUGGCUCUACCGCCUCCGAUAAGCCUGCGCCUGUUCCUUCAGAUACCCUCUUCGUCUCCGGGCUCAAUAAGAGAACAACAUCGGAGACACUCCACGAGGCAUUUGUUAAGUUCGGUCAAGUGGUUCAUGCAAAGGUAGUGACUGACCGUAAUACGGGAUUCUCAAAGGGCUUUGGAUUUGUCAAAUAUGCCUCGAUAGAAGAUGCAGCAAAAGGAAUAGAAGGGAUGGAUGCAAAGUUCCUCGAGGGUUGGGUAAUCUUUGCUGAAUACGCAAGACCAAGGCCACCACAGGGGCAAACAGCACCUCAAAAUCCUUAUGCACAAAGAAGCUGAUUAUGGAUCAUCUGUCCGCAGAUAUUUUUUUGACCAUCAGGAGAAAAACUGAACUGUGACGCAAUUCUUUGGGUCUGCUCCAAGAGAUCAAUGAAAUGUGUGCCUCAAACAGUGGCUUGAUUGUCUCCAUCAGUAUCAACAUGUACCGGACAUAUUUGAUUUAUGAUUCAUGUAUUAUGUUUCAAGAUUGCUUUCUAGUCGGGUCUUUUCUCAUCAAUGUCAGUUCUCCUGGCUUAAUCGUCUGUAUCAAGGCCUAAACAAGAAAGCAAAUAGUAAUGUGCCUAUUAAGACAUUUUAUAUAAUUUAUGAGAUUGAUUGAUGGUCAUUUUUCGUUCA